UUAAGCAAACAUGUGGAAGGUACCGCAUGGAGAUGUGUUGGCAGUGAAGGUGAGUGAGUUAAAGGGCUAGGGAAGGGAAGAGGUGGGUUUGUGGUGAGCUCUGGAAUGUGGCAAGCUAUAAAUGUAGAUCUUAUACACAUUAAACCUGCCCUGCUGUGGCUUUCAGGGGGAAAUCCUUACAAAUAAAUGUUCAGCAGGUUUUGUCAGAAGAAGGAAAGAUUGUCAGCCUUGGCUGAAGAAAAAUACAAGAGCUGGGAAGAUGUGUGUUUUUCUGAAGCAGGUUCACUUUCAAGGUAUGCAUUUGUUAUUUGAGAAUUGCAUUUCUCUGACAAGACCUGAUGCUGUGUUGACUCUUCAAUGACCAAAAGCCCUGUUAACUUUGCUCUACCCCUUAGGAACAUACCAUUUGUAUCUUUAAAGGCAAGCAUUUUUCUUUCAAGUUUUGUCACUCCAAACAUUAGCAGAUGCUUCGUUCCCUCUACAGCACCAGCAUUACGAUGGCCUGCUGCUGUGCCUGGACCAGUGUUGCUUAUGCUUGGCUGAACACACAGUAGAUGCUGCAGAGCUGCAUUAAUCUGAUUUACUCUCCCAUGAUGAAGACUAGGUCUCAAUGAAACCAAAACUAGGAAUAUGUCGGGUGAAAAACAACUCAAAUAAACAUGGUAAUGUAUUGAGAAUUUGGUACCUGGCAGGAAGAACUGCUGAACUGAAAAACAACAAAGCAAUCCAAUGUCAAAGUACCAAGACUUCACGGAACAAACCAGUGCUGAUAAGUAUGAUGGUUCUGUGUUGUUUGAUGAUUCAAAACCCUUUAUAAAACUUCCAUAUGUUUGGCUGGGUGUUCUUGGGAUGCAGGGAGAGCUUCUGUGGAAAACCGUUCUGCAUUUUGAUUUUACAGUUGGUGCAGUGGGAGGUAUCCAAAAGAAGGCAGCAUUGCUUUGUCUGCUCACUCUGGAAGUUGCCAACUUCUACUUGGCUUAAAAUAAAACCCAAAAAUGAUGUGUUUGGUGACAUUUGAAAGGCAGAAACAGCAGUUCCCAAGGAUAAUUGCAACACUGCAUGAUGACCUGCUGUCCAUUUGGCAAUUCCCACUUUGUGGUGGUUGCUGAAGGGGUUUGUAUGGCUUCUUGCAGCCAGGGAUGUCUGAAGCUUAUGUGCUUUAGAAACAAUGCCAUUUGAAUGGAGACCUUCUGCUACUUGAGUGUGUUUGAAAAAGGUGGUGGGCAUUUAUUUCCUAGGCCGUGCUGUUUUUCUUUCCAUAUGUUGGCUGUUUUUUCUUUAAAGAUGAUCUAGCUGUGUGUCUUUUUCACCCCAUCAUUUUCAUGUUUUAGAAGAGGAAUGGCAAAGAAUGCUUGGAAUGACAGUGAUUGGCAUUUGCAUUUAAAAUUUGAGGCAAUGAAAGCACAGUCCCCUUGAAUGGCACUUACUGCUGUUAUCUACAACAUGAGGAUCUGUUCUACAUGAGAUCUAUAUGUGUAACCACCUGACUUAGGCUGCAAAUUAGGUCUCCCUUGUGUGUUGUAAUUCUUCCAAACUGGUGGACAGCGUAGAUUCUCUGCAUGUUUAAACAUGGUUCCAUCCUGUAGUGUGGACAAGGAUAAACUGCCCUGUGUAGCCUUGAGCCUUUGCAGGGCUGUAAUACAAUUUGUGAAGAAACAUCCACUUGACAUGCAGUUAAACAAUACCUUUAGUCCAGGUAGUACCAUUGCUGGCAGCCUUGGAGAAAAUGGGCAUGAAGGAGAUAUGAAUUUGAUCUCUGAUCAGUGAAAAGAGGGUAAUCGUCGUAUUCCAGUCUAGUUUGCUGUGACCUGUGUUUGUUUUAAAGUCUUUCUCUUCUAGCAAUUUUGUUGCGGAUUAAACCUUUCCCUUCAGUCAUUCCUGCUCUGCUGGUUGUGAUUGUCUGCUGACAGUAGGAAGUGUAAUAGUGUCCAUAUUACUUCCAGGAUUAAUGCUGGUGCUUUGGGGACAGAGGGACUUACAAGGAAAGUACCUAAAGCCUGUGACAAACUAGGGAAGAUGGGCUGAGAAAUGUGCAUACUCGUAUGCUUAUACUUCUUCUUAUUUUUCUUUAGAGCAAAGACACUUUCAGAAGGACAUGAAAGUCGAUCUGUAUUUGGGUGUGAGAAGUUGAGCAGACAUUUCUCAUCGCUGGCUUGAGGCUGCUGCACCUCACUGCUGUCAGCUGGGCAGACUGACCUCUCCUGGCCUUUUCAGCUGUUCCGGAAUACCACCAGUCAGUUCUCCAGUUCCUGCUUCCAGCCACAAAAUAAUCUCUACUCUAAGCUGCAGAAGCACAGCUCGAAGCACGUGGCUCACAGGUCUCCCCAUCUUGCUGUGUCUGCACUCCCUGCUGCAAAACUCCCUCAGGGACACUCUCACCUUGAGGCUUAUAGCUUAGAAGGGAGAAGGAAUGAGAAUUUUGGCCUUCCUCAGCAGUGCAGUCAGAAAGCAAAGGCAGCUGGUAGCUGCUCCAUGCCUACUGCUUAUCAUCACUGUUUAGAAGGAAGGAACAAGAGCAGUGAUUAUCCUUUGGAAAAGCAGCAGCCACCUGCUGUGUCUUGUAUGGAUACUGGGAACCCAUCGCUGGUCAGUACACUUUUGCUAUUUCAUGCUGUAGGUUGUUCUCUUAGACACAAAUUAGCUUCUUCAAGGAGCUCAAGGGAAAGCGUCAACAUUUGUUGUAGUUCAACCCUGACUACAAGUGAUUUUGGUCCAUCUAAUUUGGAGUCCCUUCAGCCUCUUUUGCCGUCCUCACAGAUUUCUGCUGCCUUGUACUGUUCGAUCCAGAGGCUGAAGCAAGAAAUUGCUUUCAUGGGAAGCCGGGCCUCCCUUCCUCUGGAGCCCAACUCUUCUCCAGUCAGUGGCAGUUUGUGCUUUGCUCCUGAUGAUCCAGCUCCUAUUAUCCUGAGCACAGGAGAACAGCUAGCUGGAGUAAAAACCAGUGCUGCUCAGGCAAGAUUGAGAUGGAGCAUCCCAUUUGCUAAAGGCACAAGCUUCGGUGCAGUGACAAGGGACUUCGGGCAUGCUGAACCUAUCUCUGUCUCUCACAGAUGCAGAUACAUUGACUCAGGCAUGUGGAGAACCAAACUUUUAGGUGGCAUCCAUCCAGAUAGGCUGUCUUCCGGGGUGGGCUCUGGCAGGCUUGUGGAUCCAGAAGGAGAUUCCUCCAAUGAUUGCCCUCCUUAUUUCAGAUGCCAGUCCCAGGCAAAGCCAACUCUGGAAACUAGUGGUUUUUAUGUUCAUACAAAAAAUCAUUCAUAUGAGAAGGUUCUUAAAGCAGAUGGGACAUCUGGUGAGGCAUCCCUAUGUGCUAUGCCUUGGAAAAAAAGCCUCCCUGAGGGUUUGCACAUGUCACUGGAAACAUGGCUGGCUGGGACGCAGAUGAACGUUGGCGUAUCCAUGUAUGGGACUCCAAGGGAAGUGUGUGUAAGAGUCACUUCUUCUGGAGAUCAAGAGUUUAGGCCAGUACAGAAGCUUAGCAUUAAAUCUGUAGAAGCUGAGAACUCCAAACCUCCUGUUGAAUCCAGCAAAGGCUUAGAAGAGGUGUGUGACUGUAGAUCUCAAGCAGGCAGCAGGAUGGCAGUGGGAGACAGCAGUCAGUCUAGCCCCUCCAGCACUCAGGUUGGAAAAGACACUGGUGACUGUUCCAACAUAGAACACGUGAAUGCAAACAGAGAAGAAAGGAGAAACAAACACUUCCAGCAAAGCAGCUGGAGGAAUUGGGAAGCUCCUGACCACUCUGAAGAACCUUCUUUAGAGAGGAAUGAUAGAGAACCACGGUGCUGUGAAGAAGGAAGCCAGACACAGGAGACUGUGCCCAGUGAGGUGUCAGAGAACAGCUUCUUGUCUCCAAACAUGAAUGAGCAAAGUUUCCAGCACUUACGUGACAGAAAAAUGGUAACUCAGUGUUUCCAUGCCUGGAGGGACCACACCAUCUGGAAGAGGGCUGCAGCAAGACAACAGCAGCCUCCAAAGGUGGAGGAAGCCCUUGGUGCUUUGGAGGUAGCCCAGCAGAGACGUGCCUCAGCUCUUCUAGCUGCCAGCUUUCGCAAGUGGAAGGAAGCUGUGGCAAAACAGAGCCAAAAACAAGCUGCACAGUCUGAGUCAUAUUCUUAUACCCAAAGUUCAUCAGUGGGUUUUUCUGGAAUAGGAAGAUUAGCAACUAUGACAACCUCAGCUCAGCACCAGCUUACAGAAGGAUACAUGAAGGAAGCUGAGCAGGCUUGUAGGGUGGAAAGUGAACUGUGGACACAGCUUCAUCGCAGGCAGAGAGGAGAUGAGUUCUGCUGGAGAGUUCAGGCAAUAAGAGAUGUGAGACGCCUUGCUGCAGCUUUCAGACUGUGGCGCCUUCAGAAGGAGCUGCUGAGCAAUGAGGAAAGCAGGCUGCUGGAAGCACGUGCCCUGCUGGAAAAGAAGAAGCUACAAAACACUUUCCAGGUGUGGAAGUCCCGAUACUCAGAAAAGGAAAAGAUUUUAGGGCUGAGAGUUCAGAUCCAAAGAAACUUGGUCUCCAGGUACUUCAGAGCAUGGAAAGAGGCUGUUGAGCUGAAGGCGCAUUACAAGAGCAGCCUGAUUCAUCUCAGAGUAGAAUCAAUGAGGAAAUACUUCCAACUGUGGUUCCAGAUGCUGCAGGUCAGAGAAAGCAAUAAGCAGGCAAUGGUAGACUUCCUCUUCCUGAGAUGGAGGCAACAUUAUGGACCAGCUGUAAGCUCAGUACCUCACAGGACUGCGACAGAAGGAGAUGACAGCCAGCCACAGUGGGCUGUAGGGACACAGUUUCCUGAGAAAACAGGCUACUCUCUUGAUGACUUCUGCCUAAAGAUGAAACUCCAGAGGGUGUAUCUGUUGUGGAAAGAGAGGCUGUAUGAGCACUGCAGAGCUGAUUCUUUCUCUCAGGCUUUGGAGGAGCGUAGACUCAGAAAAGCUCUGAAAUUAUGGCACCAGAAAUGUCUCACGCUGCUGAUGAGCAAACAAAGUCCUCAGCACUCUCACAGUGAAGAACCUCUUGCUGUGCUUUUUUGUGAGGAACUCUCAACAUCUUCUGGCUUCCACAGCAGUGCUCCAACUACUCUUGCCUCUCAAAGCUCAUUGGAAAAGGAAUACAGUUUUAGUGAGAGCAGCCAGCAGAGCUGCUCCUCCAUUCUGACUGCUGAGGAUGUGACAUACCUGCCGUAUUGCAAUUCCUUCUUGCAACUACACCAAUGUGCAGAGCUGCCAGCAGAGCUGGGUGGAGAGCUGUGCUUGCAGGCUUCCUUUCCUCCAUGGAGGACCAGAUCUGGAGAAAAUUGGUUUGUGGGAGGUCAGUUCCAAUCUUUGGCACUGCAAAGUGCAGAUAGUAAUGUCCAGCCUCUUGUCAGUUACUCUACAUGGGAAGAGGACUGCAGCUCUGAGAAGGAGGUGGAGAGUUCCUGGCACCAAGUGGAGAAAUGCUGCCUGCAGAAGUACUUCAUCAUCUGGUCCACUCGAACUCAGCAACUCACAAAGGCCCAGCAGUACUGCAGGCUUCUUCGUCUGUCUCGAGCCUUUCUCAUAUGGCAUCGCUGGGCUGCAGAGAACAAGAACCAAAAAGUAGCAGCAGCUCUUAAAUACCAACUUAAUUGCUGCCGAAUGGCCUUCAGCUUGUGGAAGAAGAGACUGGCUCAGAAACUGGAAGCUGAUCAGAGAUUCAGGUGUCACCUCCACCAGAUGACUGCUGAUGCUCUUCAGCGUUGGCAUUCCUACUGUCAAAGGAAGCAUAACAUGAAGGAGCUGCAGCAGAGAUGGGCUCAGCACAGCUGCCAGGAGAAAAAGAGGCUGAUCCUGCAGAUGUGGCGCUGCCAAACAAGGCAGCUGAAAAAGGCUGCUUUAUUCUGGGAGUGUCUCCUCCUGCACAGGUGCAUAGUUACCUGGGCCCAGGUCACUGCCUGCAGACUGAGGCAGCAAGAAGCCCUCUGUUAUUUUAGAAGUGUCAGGGAGCACCAUCUUCUAGAGGGGAGUUUUGCAGAAUGGAAAGUGAAGUUCUUGGCAGCUAAACAGCGGUUGCUGAGAGAGGAGAAAAACCACAAGUGGCAUGGAUGUUCUCAAGGAAAAGCCUGUCAGCGCUGGCGAUUGGCCUCAAGGGGACAGCAAGCCCUACACUUAGGGUCUGUGGCCACUGUGAAACAGGCCUGCAACUACUGGACAAAAGCAGCUGCCUUUUCCCAGUGCUCACGGCAAUGCGGUACCCUGAUAGGUGCUAGGAAGAGCAAGAAGAUGGCUUUGUCUUUGUCCAUAAAAAGGAGAGGAUGCAGAGAGAAAGGUUCAGCUCCGGCUGCUUCCCUUGGGUUUUUUCCCAGUGCUGUUCACCGCUGGCUGGUGAUCUACAGAAGCCAAAGGAGGACUGAAAGGCUGCUGCUCCCUCAACAGCUAGAGAUACAUGAGUUGGUAGGACCCAUCCCUGUGCAUGCCAGGAUCCAGGAGAAUAAAGCAGAGGUGGAUUCUGAUGAGUGGAAUGAGAAUUGGCUUGGGAGGAAAUAUCUGAGGUGGUGGCAUCGUACAGUGACGCUGCGCCGGUGCCAGCGUGCCAGGAGGCUGCACAGUCUGGCAAGGGGGUGGCAGCAGUGGAAAGAAGCCAGCAGGGUGGUGAUGCUGGCACAGGUGCUGGACCAGCAGCGGCUGAUAGAAAAGGCCUGGAGAACAUGGAGACGACGAUAUUUACAAAGCUGUGUAGUGCAGAGGCUUUUGGAGGUUGAAACUAAAAGCCUCCUGUCUGAGGCAUUUGGAAAAUGGCGUCAGCUCACAGCAUUCCAACUCAGCAUCAGAGGACACUGUUGAACUGCAGCUGAUCAUCUCAGGAGUGGAGGAUACAGCUGGCCGUCACAACAAAGAGCUGGUCUCUUGCAGUCAAGAAAGCAGUGCACGAUCUACCUGUGUGAUUAAAAACAGUGCUGCAGGCCAAAAGAAUGGUGAUGGUCAAAGGACAACCAGGAAGAGGCGGAACCUAGAGAAAGGUCUUACUUAAAGGACUGAUACCUUGUCUCCCUGCUGCCACAAACUUGAGAACUUACCUAAUUGCUUUUGUUGUGAGGUUGAGGUUGCAUUCCCUUUUCUACUAGAGCCCGAUUUUGUUGGGAGUUUGGAUUAAAUGCCAAAAAAAUACUUUA